AAAAAAAGUCUUGUAGCAGAGAAUCGUAGAACAAUUGUGUUUGAGAGAAACUGGAAAGCGCAACCUGAAGGCGAGUCCUGAAGACUUUACUGGGGCGGAAAACCUACUGUCAUUUAAAACGUGCUGACACCCGAAACUCCUUCCACAAAUGUUAAAUAAUCAUCUCCUGUACAGAAAACUUCCAUUAUAUGCUUUAGCACUGUUAAAUAACAACACAUUUGUAAUGCAUUUAUUAGCCUUUAUCCACUGGUUAGAUUUUGUGAAUUGUCUGCCAUACAAGCCCCUACGAAUGUGUUGUUGCUAUAGAAAUGAUAAGGAAUCAGGACAAGUGCGUUAAUGUACACCUGAGAUUCAGAUUAGAGCCGGCACGCCUGUCAGAACUGUGCUGUUAUAGAAGAUAUACAGAUUAUAAUUGGUAGUUAAUGGAGUUUUAGACUGGCUUGUGAGAAUUCUGGAGUGACUAAAGAAUGUAGGCUUUUGCAUUAAAUCUGUCUCAGACCACCGUGUAAAUAUCAGUGAAAAUCUUGAGCUAGAUCUUGAGCUGAUGUAUGGGACUGGAGUUUCAUUGGGUUUAUGCCAAUAGCAAAUCAAUACAUGGAUAUAGCUAUAAGUGCUUAAACAAUUAGCGUAACGGUAAUUGGAAGAGAGAGAGAAAAAAAAACUCCAAAUGAUAUUAGUGCCUUUAAAUCAAUGCUCUAAUCAAUUUAGUGUUAAAUGUGUUACAAUAUAUGUGUGCUGUGGCAACAACUUACAGACAAGCUUAGGUCUUAAAGAAGAAAACUUCUGCUUUGACAUCUGCAUUGCAUCACUUCAAAAAAAACUGCAUUGCUAUUAGGUAAAUACUGACAAAUGACAGAAAUUUGUGGUAUGUAUAAUAGUCUAUUUAAAGCCACAGUUUGGUGCAUUAGUUUGGCCACAGCUGACCUGGAAGUUGUAAAUUACCCCCUGAAUUAGUAUCAAUUCAUUAAGUGAAACACACUACCACACAGCUUUGAAACAAAGCAAUCCGAAUGACAAUAACGGCCACUGCAAAUUUCAUUCAUUAUGGGAAAAGAGUAUUAGAUUGGUUAUUUAUAAACCUGAAACCUUAUGCUGGGACAUCCUGAGCAGGGAAGUAUGGAGCAGGAAGUCACAGGUUGAUUUCCUCCUUCUUCUAUUGCCAUCCUGUUUGGGCAUCCGCUCUAUCCCUCUUUAAAAGCACAGCUGGGACUGAGGAGUCAACACCAGCUGGAUUAAAAGGACGUCUGGGGCGACACUCAAUCACACACAGGCAACUGGUGAACAGUAAAACAGCUAGGGGUCUGGAGAACCAGUGACCUGUUGGAUUAGGUACAUGUGCACUCAGCUUGUACUUUGUAGCACAAAAGUAAACACAACACAUUCAGUCCAGUUCAUUCUCUUGAAGGAUAUCUACCGCUUGUAUGUGUGUGUAGAACCAGCAAACUAAAGAUAAAUCACUCGCUGCUCAGUUCUUACAGGUCAGCCAGUUCAUCCUACUGAAGCUUUAUUGGUGGAUAGCAUCGAUAUACUGCACUGGACCGUCUUUUUCGUUUACAUCCACGGAUAAGCUCAUGAAGUGGUGAGAAAGGUAACGUCUUCCGUUGGAGCCCCCAUUAAUGUGCUGCCUUGCUCUCAUUUUGAUUCUGCUGCAUUCCUGCAGCCAGUGUGAAGCUUCUAGAGGUGUUGAUCUAGAAGAUCUGGCUUCCAACAACACAUGGGUGAUCGCCUACAGUUCAAGCUGUAGCACCACCUGCGGACUGGGCAUCCGUACCCAGAGGCUCUGCCCUUUGGGGACUGACGACAAAGCGAACUCCCCGACAUGCAGAGUUCGUCAGGUCCAGUGUUUGGACAACUGGCAGUGUGGGCUGCAGACACAAACGGCCACCGCAGGACAAUACCUGGAGCUGGACUGUCUUGAGGAAGUCAUGGAAGCCAUGGGCCGCUUCGCCUUCGUGGUGUCGUGGCGCUUUGCACGAGGGAUCAUCACCACCAAUAACCGCUUCUUCAUACGGCGUGACGUUCCAGGGCUGGACAGGGUCAUCCUGAAUCCGGUGAAAGAGGAGGACGCUGGGACGUAUCGCUGUGACGUGCUGGACACGUCUUACCACAGGGUGAAGAGAAUGUAUAAAGGACUGAAGGUUUUAUCAGCACGUGUUCUGAGCCUGAACUUCACCAAGGGUUUGACCGAGUGGGAGAAACCCGGAGAGAUUAAUGAACCUGUCGUCACUGGGAAACCGUAUCCAAGCAGCACCGUACGAAAUGUAGUGCUACUCAGUUUGUCCAUAUCCAUCACCGUGGCUCUGAUUGUCUUCCUCGGUCUGUUUGCUUUUUCUUACUGGAAAAGGUCAACAAGGAAGGACCCAAUUUCCCAUGAGUGUUAAGGAAACCCUCGAUGACUCACUAGCCAUUUUGCAUUACUUCUCUCAAAUGCGCACACAAGCAGAGUAAUGUUCCCUACAAUUUUUAUAUUCCCAUUUCAUCACAACUUAAAAUGUGUAGAAUUACAUUUGAUUAAAUUGCUGAACACGGUGUCACUUAUCCGCAUUACUUCUAAACCCAAAUGAAGAGGAGUCAGGAAUCUGAGACGCCGUACAACGCUGUCUCGGAAAUCAAUAAAUAAUGUUCACAAGGCAGCAGAGUAGCACUUUAACAGCAGCAUGCAAUAUUAACUGCUUAAGUAUGCAAACACAUUGAACAAACGAGAGAAGAAAGAAAAAAAAAAAAAGGACAUACACCACAGGGUAAAUAAACUGGUGCUUUAUUGAAUUAUAACAUUAAAAUUGUGUGCUCACCACAAACUCUCUCAAUAACAAACCAGAAAAAGGUGCUCUAUGAAGUGAAGCUACAAUCUACUAACUUAAUAUUAAGGCAGAGAGAGAAGCCCAACUUCAUCGUCUCACAGUAGAACGCAACGUUAAACAACCCAGGAGCAGUUUUGUUUUUUUCUUUUUAUAUUAGAUUUUACACUUUUAAAAAAAAAAAAAAACCCAGCAAGCUCAUUCUUGUUCACUACUCUUCUCAAAUCCAGGGAUACUCUCAAACACGUUCCUGGUUUGAAUAAAUAAGCCGUAAAUCCUUUACGAUACAAAUCCUUUAAACAUACACACACACGCUGACUUUAUUCCAGAAGGUUCUAGACAGUAUAUAAAUAUUCUGAAAUUAGUCAGAAAGACUAAGCUACUGUAAUGAUUGUGUGAAAAAGUAAAUAUAAUCGACCAGUGUGUUUCUAGAACAUUUAACAGCCUUCUGCGUGUACUAUACAUACCAUGAAAGUUAAUCAAAUGUGCAUCACAUCACCCAUGACCAAACUUCUGUGCAACAGGACGUUCCCAGAUUUCAAGACCUCAGUAAUCAAGAUUUCGUCUCUUAAACAGUGCAAUUCGAGCUCUGAACCCAGGGCCUCAUUUAUCAGUCUUUUACUAAAAAAAAAAAAAUAGUGUACUCAUGGCAUACGCUAAAUCUUCCAGUGAUACAGCUCAGCCACUGUAGCAUCAUCAGCUACCAUAGGCACAGACUAACCCUUCUUCCUUUUAGAGGGUGCCAUUACUUUGG